AUGUGUUUCUUAGAUCCGGAAAGUGAUAAUCCAAAAACAACAAAAACACCAGCUAUGAUUACCGAUCGCCACAAAAUCGACAUUACUGCGAUAUUAUGUGCACUGCUCUGCCUUCUCAGCUCUGCACCCGCCCCAACCACCAGCGAGGAGGUCUUCGAGGUCUUGGCCACGCAACCACAACAGCAGCCACGGCUGGGAGAUAUGACAACGACAUCGACAUCGACCACAUCGCGUCAGGAUGAAGUGAAUGUCUUGGCGCCCAAUGCGACGACCACGAAGACGACGACAAUAACAGGCGAUGGCGAUGGCAAUGGCAAUGGCGAUGGUGAUGGCAGCGGCCUCUGCUGGGCGCGCAGGCGCACCACUGAAAAAUUCAAAUGGAAAGCGAUUUGUCUGGUUUUAGCUAAUAAUUUAUCAGGCGGCUAUGAGGAGCUGAAGCUGGCCAACCAGCAUAUAACGCACACAACGCCGCCUCGUGUGGACUACAACAAUGAGUGGCGACCACUGGGCCAUGGCGAUCCAUUGCAAAAGGAUCCUACCUAUGACUAUAGCCCGCCAGCAUUGGAGCGUGUGCGCUAUUGGGCCGAGAAUAAUGGCAGUAGCAAGAGCAAUGAGGCCAAGAAGAACGAACUGCCGCCGGAGGUGUUGCGGAAUAAGACCAAGAGUGAGAUUUUGUUGUUGGGCGUUGGCAAUGAGCAGCGGGCCAGACAGCAACAAUAUCAUUACCAGCAACAACAACAACAGCAACACUAUCAACAGCCACACUAUCAGCAGCAACAACAACAACAGCACCAGCAGGCCAAGUAUGCGGCCAUCAGACGCAGCUACUAUGCCCCACAACAACAACAACAACUACAGCAGCCACAACUACAGCAACAGGAACAACAACAGCAGCAAUAUAUGCCACACACCCACUUGAUGCCACCGCCCAUGCACUCGCAUGCCGCGCCCUCGCCCAUGAAGCCCACUCAUGUGGAUUAUCGCCAUAAUAUGGUCGCAGCUCCCUCUCCUUCCAUCUCAAGCAACUCCUACCUGAACAGCCCCACGACAAUGAUGUACAAGCCGCACUUCUACAGCACCUCCUCCCUCACUUCCAGCUCGCCCUGGAUGCAUGCGCCCGGCAUGUCCAGCAGCUACACCUCCAGCGCUGGCCACCCCAUGAAUCGCAUGUCCUCCUAUGCGGACGCACAUCAUCAGGAGUCCAUGCAGCACUACAGCUUCAGUCGACCGCACACUUCCACGCAUAGCACCACCAGCUAUUCCCCCAAUGCCAUACACCCACAUCCGAGUGGACCCAAGCAGAUGGCACCGGGCGCACCACCACGCAAGCCCUGGCUCCAUGAGCUGCUGCAAAAGGAGCUGGUGAAGCCAUCGGUGAAGCCCACCAUGCCGGCUACCAAAUAUCUGAUGGGCACACAUCCCUAUAGGCCGCUGCCGACUUUCGGCAUCAGUUCAACAUAUGCGCCGGUGACGUUUGUGCCGGGACCGCCCACAAUAGCGGUGCCUACGAUGCCCACCACAGCAGCCACUACAUCUGACCAUGGACACUCCAUUUACAUAACUCCCACACCACCGCAGCAUUAUGUUACAAGCUCGGGAUUCCGGCCGAUGGAAUCGAAAGCCACCACACCGGUAUAUAGCAGCACAACAACAACAACCACACCCCAGCCCAUCUACCACCAGCCCAGCAGUACACAGAGCACUCGUCUGCUCAUACCACAGACUAGCAAUCUGGCGCAACGUCCGACUGUUGCGCCCGCCCCCGAUCUAACCACCGAUGCGCUCUUCUCGCAUUAUAAGCAACCAAAGAAACCGCUGCUUGGUCCCAUGUAUUUGAUUAUCGAAGGUCAUUCGAAGGUUAAGACCUAUGGCCAGAACGAGUUGGAUCCGCACAGACCCAAAAUUGUGCCGGUGAUAUCGAAACGUGAGCCGGUGGUGCGCAUCGCAGAUCCCAAUGAGAAGCGCGGCACGGUGGAAACUUUUCAAGUCAAGCAUUUGCAUACAAAAACCACUCCGCUAACGAGCACAACAACAACUACCUCGUCAAGGCCAAAAAUUUUGAACCCUACAACAACGAUUGCCACAUCAACACCCGCACCACCCGCACCACCUGCAGCACCAUCUGGAGGCGGCGUGGAAGAUCUGCUUAGUCUGCUCGACAACAUGUUUGCCGAUGCGCACGACAUUGUCGCUCCAACAGUUGCGCCCACCGCCAAUAAGAUUUAUGUGACCAGCAGCACGAUGAGUACGAUCCUGAGGCCAGUGACAACGAGUAGCACGAAGUUGAUGCCACAGCAGCCGGAGCCACGGAUUGGCAGCCAGGCGGGCAGCAUUGUCAGUCUGCUGGAUGAUGAGGACUUGGAGAUGGCGGGGUCAGAGUUGCUGACCACCACUGAACUGCCUCGUGGAGUGCGGCAAAUCUUUGACUAUGAUCAAUUACCCGAGUCGCGUGUGAAGGUCGACAAUGCAACAAAUUCAUACGAAGUCUACGACGAUGCAGAAAAUGCCGAAGACGAUGAAGAUGAUGAUGUUGAUGAUGAAGAUGAUCAUGAUGAAGCGAGUGAAGCCUUGCAAGAUAGCACCGAAGACAGCCUGGAAGAAGACAAGUUCGAUACUGAACAUAAAUUGCUCAAACGCAUCGAUAAAUUCGUCGAUGAUGUGGACGAUGGUGAUGAUGAUUUGGAGGACUUGCUCGAAGGCCUAUCAGACACUGAGGCUUCGGAAUUGGACAUGGUACGGCGACAUUGA